AUGGAGUCGACACUAUUUCAAGUGCAGUCGCUCUUCUACCAAGGCGCCUACAAGGGCUGCGUCGACCUUGUUCUGUCUUCCACGGCCAAAUCAAGCUCGUCAGACCCUGCGACUGUAUCGACCCUUCUAUACGGUGCGCGAUCGCACCUGGCAAAGUCGCCGGCAGACCCGGCCUCGGCCCUCUCGCUCCUCUCCUCGCUGAAACCCGAGCCGCAAGUGCAAGCCGUCCAGGCAUUGGCGCGCUUCAUCCAGGCCCAGUCGCAGUCCAACACCAACGCCCAAUCGGCAGAAAUCGUCAACCUCACUGAGCUGCUCGACCACGCCGUUGUAGGGGAGGACGCUGGCCAGGUCAUCCGCUGUGCCGCCGCCACGGCCCUUUUUCUGGAUGGCGACGCAGAAGAGGCGCUCAACACGCUCGGCAUCAACUCGGGCAGCAAAGAGAUCGAGUGCGUCGCGCUCGGCGUCCACAUCCUGCUCUCGAUCCACCGGCUGGAUCUGGCGGAGAAGGAGUACCUCGCUGCGCGCGCGUGGGCCGACGACUCGUUGUUGAUCCAGCUCAUCGAGGCGUGGAUCGGUCUUGCCAAGGGUGGAAGGUCGACCCAGCAAGCGUUUUAUGUUUAUGAUGAGUUGGCGCAGAACCCCUCGGCGCAGGGGACGGUGAAUGCGGUUCCUAGCUUGGUAGGCAAGGCGACCGCGCUGGCGGCAAAUGGCGAUUGGGACGGAGCAAAGAAGCAACUCGAGGAGGCGGCGAGGCUGGACCCGGAGAACGCGGAGAUCUUGGCUAACAGAGUGGUCGUCGAGACCCACACGGGCGGAGUUAGCGAGGCCAACGAGGCGCUGGCGCAGCUCAAGAGGGUCAACGCUGCUCAUCCGUUGGUGAGCGAGUACGAGUCGUUGGAAAAGAGCUUCGAUGAGCUGGCGGGGAAGUUUGCGCUGGGUGUUGGGGCUGAGGCAUGA